AAGCUUAUAAAUAACUACAAUCACUCACACAAUUCUCGCCACCAGCCCAACUUUUCUCUUUCUCGCCAAACUUUCUCGGCUGUUUCCUUUCUCCCAAACACUUUCUUUGUUGUAUGGCAGCUCGCUUACUAUCCUAUGAGGUAGCUGACCUCUGUAUCGGCAAGCCGCCGCUGACGCCUCUCUCCAUCUCCGCCACCGUCGCCGACGCCGUCGCCGCCCUCAGAAUCUCCGAAGACAGCCACGUCAGCGUAUGGAGUUGUGACCACCAUUUAUCUUCGGUGGCGCAGCCGAAAUACGGCGGCGGCGAGGAGUGUCGGUGUGUCGGAAAAGUUUGUAUGGUUGACGUCAUUUGUUACCUGUGUAAUGACGAGAACCUUUUGUCUCCGACCUUGGCUUUGGAGUCCCCUGUUUCUGUAUUGUUGUCGAAAGAUUCGUGUCGGGUCAGGCACGUGGAUCCCUUUUCGAGUUUAUUGGAAGCCAUUGAUCUCAUCCUCCAAGGUGCUCAAAAUCUUGUUGUACCAAUAAAGACCAAUUCAAGAAGAAAACUUCAAAAAUCAUUAAUCAUUCCCACAUCUCAUAAUGGCCGUGAAUUCUGUUGGUUAACCCAAGAAGAUGUGAUUAGAUUCCUCCUCAGUUCAAUCGGCCUCUUUUCCCCCGUUCCAGCGCUCUCCAUUGCCGCGCUUGACAUCAUCAACACCGAAUUCUUAGCCACUAGGUACCACUCCACGGCCGCCUCGACAAUCGGAGCCAUUUCGUGUUCCCUCGCUAAGCAAACUUCCGUAGCAGUCAUAGACGACGACAACGGAACUUUGAUCGGCGAGAUAUCUCCCUUCACCCUCGCCUGCUGUGACGAGACCGUCGCAGCUGCUAUCACGACCCUCUCUUCAGGGGACCUAAUGGCCUAUAUAGACUGCGGUGGUCCCCCAGAGGAGAUUGUGAGGGUCGUGAAGGCGAGGUUGAAGGAGAUGAACUUGGAAGGAAUGUUGGAGGAUUUCAUUAUCUCCUCCAACAUUUCUUCUAGCUCUUCUUCAUCCUCUGAUGAGGAGUCAUUGUCCCCAACCACGCCAUUGCCAAGGUCAGGAAGGUACAAUAGGUCAAGUAGCUACUCCGCGAGGAUGGUGAGGAGGUCAGAGGCUAUAGUGUGCCAUCCAUGGAGUUCUUUAGUGGCAGUGAUGAUCCAAGCGAUCGCUCACCGGGUUAAUUAUGUUUGGGUCAUUGAAGAGGAUUGUAGCUUGGUUGGAAUUGUGACAUUUUCUAACAUUUUGGGCGUUUUUUACGAACAUUUACAGUCCAUGGAUCAAGGAGAUUAGAAGCUUAGAGGAUAGUUCUAACUCUUCAAGGAAAGAGGAGAAAGAAUUCAAGCAAAAUAACAGUAAUGAUAUGUACACAGAAAAGUGCACAUAAUAAGUGACACUGUAAA